AUGGCAGGUGUAAGCUUGAUCCUCUCCCUUUUGGGAUUCCUUGUGGUGGUGAAGCACAUUCAGACAGUGGAUCCUUCUUUCCAAGAUGUCACAGAGAAGCUGAAAACAUCAGCCCUUCUGGAAAGUGUGAAGGAUGCCAAACAGCUGGUUGAUGCAUCCUACAGGCGGACUAAGCGGAGUUUGAAGGAAAGACUGAACCAAGAGAACUUCAGUCCUGCAGCCCUCUUGACAUUGUCUAGGCAGCCCAAUAGGAGAUCCAAACGGGCAAUCAGAGCUGCUGAUUACCUGCAGGUCACCCUGGAUCUCCUGAAAGAGAAGCUGAAGCAGGAGAUCGUAGAGGAUUUUAAACUCCAAGAUGUGCUCACACCAGCCCACCUGCAAACCAUCUACAAGGCAACUGGAUGUGCCCUGCAAGAGAAGGCGACGUGUGACUGUGAUGAGAAGAGUCCCUACCGGACAUUUACAGGCGAAUGCAAUAACCUAAGAAGCCCUAUUUUGGGAGCUUCGAACCGGCCUUAUGUCAGGUGGCUUCCUCAGCAGUAUGAAGAUGGCGUCUCUGUCCCUCGCGGUUGGACGGAAACAAAGCGGUAUUCUGGAUUUUCUCUUCCCUCGGUCCGGGCUGUGUCCAAUGAGAUUGUCAGUUUCCCUAAUGACAAAUUCACCGAGGAUCAGGAGCGGUCCGUCCUGUUCAUGCAGUGGGGCCAAUUUACCGACCACGAUUUGGAUCUAGGCCUUGGGCAGGAGAUAGGUGAUUGCAGCAACACAUGUGACAAAAAGUCUCCUUGCUUCCCCAUCAAGGUACCUCUCAGUGACCCCCGGAGUGUGAACAUAAGCUGUUUUCCCUUUACUCGGGCUUCCCCAGUAUGCGACGGCAGCAUUGCCAUGCGAAACCAAAUCAACGUGAUCACGGCCUUUCUCGAUGGCAGCCAGGUGUAUGGAAAUGAUGCAGAAACGGCCACAACUCUGAGGGGAAGUGGUGGCUUUAUGGCUGUAAACCAGUUAACAGAUAAAGGCCUGGCUUUCCUCCCUUUCAAUACCAUGAGCAAAUCAAUACCAUGCCUUAAAACAGAUCCAGAGCACAAGAUUCCCUGCUUUCUUGCAGGGGACACUCGGGUGGACGAAAUGCCAGCCCUGACCGUGCUGCAUACCCUUUUCCUGCGGGAGCACAACCGCCUGGUCACCGAGCUGAAGAGGCUGAAUCCGCAGUGGGAUCCAGACACGCUGUACCACGAGGCCCGGAAAAUCGUAGGGGCUACCUUGCAGAAAAUUACAUACACAGAUUACCUGCCUGAAGUUCUGGGAGUCACUACUAGCACAAACCUGAAACGCUACACGGGCUACAACUCCACGGUGGACCCUCGAAUCUCCAGCGUCUUCACGAAUGCCUUCCGUUUUGGACACGCUGCAGUCCGACCUUCGGUGAACCGCCUGGAUUCCAGUUACCGGCUUGUGAGCCAAACGCCUCUCCAGCGGCAGUUCAUGACUCCAUGGAAUAUUGUGAGACAAGGAGGAAUCGACCCCCUUCUGCGAGGCAUUUUGGCGAGGCCUGCCAAAUUGUUCAAACAAAACCAGUUUGUAGUAGACGCACUCAGGAACCACCUGUUUGAGCAGACUUCUAAUAUCGGAAUGGAUUUACCCUCUCUGAACAUGCAGCGUGGCCGAGACCAUGGCCUGCCAGCUUAUAAUGCCUGGAGGAGCUUCUGUGGCCUUUCACAGCCCCGUAAUGAGGCUGAACUCGCUGCGGUUCUCAAAAAUCCAGUGCUGGCGAAGAACUUCAUCAAACUUUAUGGGACGCCUGAGAACAUCGACCUCUGGGUUGGGGCUGUGGCUGAGCCCUUGGUGCCCAAUGGCAGGGCUGGUCCUCUCCUGUCGUGUAUCUUCGGCCGCCAGUUCAGCAAUGUCCGGGAUGGGGACAGAUUCUGGUGGGAGAAUCCUGGAGUCUUCACCCCUGAGCAGCUUAAAAGCCUCAGAGCAGUCUCCUUGUCCCGGAUCAUCUGCGACAAUAGCAGCCUUAAGGAGGUACCCAGGAAUGUCUUCCGGGCCAACAAAUACCCUAAAGACUUUGUCACCUGCAAUUCAAUCCCUAGACUCAGCCUCUUUGCCUGGAAAAAAAAAUGAAAAGAAGCGAGCAUAGGCAGCGCGAGGUCAUCUCAAGAUAAAGAUAAUCCAGGCAUGAGCAUUCAAUGACCUCAGAAUGGGACUCAACCCAUCAAGUUUCCCCUGCACAAGCUCCAUAGAAACAAGUGGGAACUGAUUCUCUCACUGGUUGUCAGAGCUCGAUGAUUGCUAAGAGAAACCUCCAUGUACAGAAGUACUCUGCCUCUAAACACUCGAUGCUGUGGGAAAAGACAUGACAGGAAGAUCUCCGCCUGCGUACCCUGCUUGUCAGCCUCACUGAAGUUUCUGGCUGGUCACCCCCAGGAAGAAAGCCAGAACUGCUGGACGCUAGGGGGUAUGGUCUUUUGUGGCAUAAUCCCUGAGAAUGAACUUUCAUACCCAAAAGAGAGUGUAAGAGCAUCAUAAAAAGAAUCUUGCAGCUGUGGCUGAUGGUGCCUCCCAUUGAUCAAGACCUAGAACUCCAACGUCCGAGAAGCUGUACUUCCCUUUGCUGCUUCUACAUCCCUGCAAGUGCAAGCGUUCACCAUGGAAAUGUCAAGGUGGAAAUGCUCCACCCUGCCAUGCUUAUUGCUUCAAACAGCCAUGUUCAAACUGUUGCAGUGUAUGUCCUUUCUGCAUCUGCAGACAUUACAUUUCCAAAGAGUGUU